ACUGCUCCUGAGGUGCUCAGCGGUUUCCCUCCCCCAACGGCGCGCCCGCGGUGGCCGGCGCGUCGUCUGCGGAGGCCGCGACCCCGCCUCGCCGCCCGCCCGCGUCUGCGUCGCCGUCCCCGCGCCCGCGCCCCGCCGUUGGGCCGCGCCGCGCCGGCAUGUCGGGCCCCGGGCCGCGGGAGCCGCCGCCUGAGGCGGGCGCGACGGGCGGCGAGGCGGGCCCCGAGGGCGCGGGCGGCGGGGACGCGGCGCUGGGAGAGCCGGGGCUGAGCUUCACGACCACCGACCUGAGCCUGGUGGAGAUGACGGAAGUGGAGUACACGCAGCUGCAGCACAUCCUCUACUCGCACAUGGAGGCGGCGGACGGCGAGCUCGAGGCGCGCCUGGGCUCCGCGCUGCUGGCCGGCCCGGGCGCGGGCUCGGGCGCGGCGGGCUCGCUGGCGCCGGCGCCGCCCGUGUACCCAGUGCUGUGCCCGCCGCUGGCGGCCGACGCGCCGUGCCUGGGCCACGUCGACUUCCAGGAGCUGCGUAUGAUGCUGCUGGGCGAGGCGGGCGCGGCGGAGAAGACGCCCGGCGGUGCGGACGGGACGCGGACGCGGGCGGACGGCGUGGCCAAGGAAGGCGCGGGCGGUGCGGGGCCCGACGGCGCACCGGAGGCCCGGGCCAAGCCGACCGUACGCGUCCGUCUGGAGGACCGCUUCAACAGUAUGCCGGCCGAGCCGCCUGCGCCGCGCGGUGCUGAGCCCGCCGAGUCGGGCGUGGCGCUCAACAAGUGCGUGCGGGGCGCAGGCGCGGGGGCGUCGGGGAAGGAGGGGCCUGAUUGCAGAGCUGGUGUAGGCUGGUGGGUUUGGUAACUCUUAUUCGACAUCCAUCUGAAUUAAUGAAUGUUCCUCUUCACCAGCAACAAAACAAAUGUACGACCUUAGUGAAAAAUAAAACUGCUGCUGCCACUACUGCUUUGCAGUUCACCUACCCACUGUUUACAAGUGCCUGCUCCACUGGUGGGAAUGCCAGCCUUGCACAGACGCAGAGUUCUAGUAACUCAUGCUCUAUACUGGAAGCUGCCAAGCACCAGGAUAUUGGACUGCCUAGAGCAUUUUCUUUCUGUUACCAGCAAGAGAUUGAGUCCACCAAACAGACAGGAGGUAGUAGAAACAAAGCCUUGCCGGAGCAGGUUUGGAUUAAAGUGGGAGAAGAAGCGCUAUGUAAACAAGCAAUCAAUAAGAGGAAUCGGAGUAGAAUCCGCCAGCUGGACACAAGCGUGGAGCGAAGAGCCCUUGGAGAGAUUCAGAAUGUAGGUGAAGGCUCUUCAACAUCACAGGGCACCUGGCAGUCUUCAGAGUCCUCACAGUCAAACCUGGGGGAGCAGACGCAGAGCGGACCCCAGGGAGGAAGGUCUCAGCGUCGGGAGAGGCAUAACCGAAUGGAACGAGAUAGGAGGCGCAGAAUCCGCAUUUGCUGUGAUGAGCUGAAUCUUUUAGUUCCAUUCUGCAAUGCGGAGACAGAUAAAGCAACAACCCUUCAGUGGACCACAGCAUUCCUGAAGUACAUUCAGGAAAGACAUGGGGACUCUCUUAAAAAGGAAUUUGAGAGCGUGUUUUGCGGUAAAACUGGCAGAAGGCUAAAGCUGACUAGACCCGAAUCCCUGGUGACCUGCCCUGCACAGGGCAGCCUGCAGAGCAGCCCUGCCAUGGAGAUCAAGUGACUGGACUGACCCAGGACCUGGGAGAGAACCGCCGUUCCUGCGGCAUCAUGCACAUGCCUGCCAUCCCGGAGUUCAGCUCUGAGUCCUCUCGAGGGAUGCGGCUCCAGUUGUGGGACUCCAGUAAGGACGUUGAGAGCACAUUUCGUGAAAGUAUUUAUCUAAACAAAAUACUUACCCACUAAUGUCCGAUGACCAUUUGAGGAUGAAGACAUCUUGAUAAUUAGUAAUUUUUCAAUUACCUGUCCGACACCAUCAUGUGUUCUUAACAUGAUAACUUUUAAAAAAUUAACAUCCUUGGUAAUUUCUUGAGUCUUGAGACUAAAGAAAACAUUGCCGUUUACUUAUUUUGUUUACAUUUUAAAUGUGCCCCUUUAGCAAUUGGAAGAAGGUAAAUUGUUCUUAACUAGAAGAGGUUUGGAAACUUUAUUUCAUUUGUUCUGUCCCCCCUAUUUCCAGUCUCAUGGUACUCUAUUGGAAAAUGCAGUGCCAUUUUAAAACUUUGCUAAGAAUUUUCCAGAGACUUCUUUUAAAGCUCCUUUUGCCCAUAAACAUUUUCGCAGUACAUUGCUUUAAUGCCCACAUUUCCAUAUUGUGAGGCAGUGCUUUAUGUGUAAUAAACUGUAUGUUUGGAACAAA